AAUUACCUUUCUAAUUCAAAACAUUUUCUAUCCAUUAAAAAUAAGAAAAACAAUAUAAUUUUCCAUUAACACCCUCUUAUUUACCACCAUACUUUUAAUAUGCACACAUUAACAUCAUCCAAGCAUGACAUACAUCUAUAAAUGGCCAAAAAAGUGCCCAUAUGGCAAAACUCACUUUUUUUCUCCCCACAUAAAUCUACCUUUUCGAGUCUUAUAUAUAGCCCCAAACUAUAGCUCAAGCUUUCAUUCUUACCUUUCAUAUUACACCAACACUCCCAACAUAAAUCACCUUCUUUACUUAUUCUUCUCUCUUACUAUAUACUAUAUAUAGCUUUAUCUACAACUCCAUAUAGUAAACAUUUCAACAAUAUAUCCUUUUUCAUUGAUCAAAUAAUAUUAUUGUAUCAAAAUCAUAUAAUUAUACAUAUGUCUCAUAAGGGAGAAAAUGUCAUGGUUUCAAAUAUGAAACUUGAGAAGAUGUUGUGCAUGAAAGGUGGAAAGGAUCAAACUAGCUAUGCUAAUAAUUCUCAAGCUCAGGGGCAACAUGCAAAAUCAAUGUUACAUCUUUUAAAAGAGGCCCUAGACAGGGUGCAACUAGGACCACAAGACAUGCCCUUUGUUGUGGUGGACUUAGGGUGUUCUUGUGGAUCAAAUACCGUCUACAUUGUUGACAUGAUCGUGAACCACAUGGCGAAACGCUACGAGGCCUCGGGUUGCGAGCCGCCCGAGUUCUCGGCGUUCUUCUCGGAUCUCCCCUCCAAUGACUUCAAUACCCUCUUCCAACUCCUCCCUAGCUACUACUCCUACGACGGCGAGGGAGGUGGUAGCAUGGAGGAGUGCUUGGCCGCCGACAAACACCGUUCCUACUUUGCUGCCGGUGUUCCCGGAAGUUUUUACCGGCGACUUUUUCCGGCGAGGUCCAUCGAUGUUUUUCACUCGGCGUUUUCCUUGCACUGGCUAUAUCAGAUCCCAGAGAAUAUAUUAGAUAAGAGGUCAAAGGUAUACAACAAAGGGAGAAUAUUUAUCCAUGGAGCUAAUGAGAGCAUAACAAAUGCUUAUAAAAAGCAGUUCCAAACAGAUUUGGGUGGAUUUUUAAGGGCAAGAGCAGUAGAAAUGAAGGGAGGUGGGUCCAUGUUCCUUGUUUGUUUGGGAAGGACCUCAAUUGACCCAACAGACCAAGGUGGGGCUGGCCUCCUCUUUGGUACACACUUUCAAGAUGCAUGGAAUGACCUUGUCCAAGAGGGUCUUAUAACAAGUGAAAAAAGAGACAGCUUCAAUAUUCCAGUCUAUGCACCAAGCUUACAAGACUUUAGGGAAGUAGUAGAAGCCAAUGGAUCAUUUACCAUAAACAAGCUUGAAGUGUUUAGGGGUGGAAGCCCCUUAGUGGUAAGCCACCGAGACGACUCGUCCGAGGUCGGUCAAGCCUUCGCCAACAGUUGUCGGAGUGUCUGUGGGGUCCUCGUCGACGCUCAUAUAGGUGAUCGGCUAGGAGAUGAGCUCUUUCUAAGGGUAGAAAACCGUGCAACCACCCAUGCAAAUGAGCUACUUGAACAACUUCAGUUUUUUCACAUUGUUGCUUCCCUCUCUUUUUGCUUAGACCAAAAAUUAACUACUACUUCAAAAAAUACCUAGCUAGUUAAGGUGGGAAUUGGGGUUUUAGUUAGCCUCUUUAAUUUGCUGACUGAUGCAAAUCAAAAACUUUAGGCUUUAGUUGAGUUGAUCUUGUGUAGUUUCUUUGUGUUUUUUUUUGUUUCCUCGUAUUUAUUGGCAUUUUUCUUUUAGCUUUGUUAAUCUAAGAGUACCUAAACUGAGUAAAACAAUAUAUAUGUUCAUGUCAACUUUGAUCAAUGUUGUCGCUAUUGCGGCUUCUGUACCAUGAUUUGUGGUGUAACAAUUGCCAUGUUUACCUUAAAAAAAAUGUGAACAAUCUAAAGAGUGAAAAUAGGAGACAAUGUUAGCUGCACAUUUAUCUUGAAAAAAAACCCUCAUACUAGGAGAAAAAUAGGCAACAAAAUAUCAUUAAUCAAUCAACGAAUAUCAGUGAUCUACACCCACAAAAAAAAACCUAAAUUACAAUCAUCUCUCAAUAACACUAAUUUAUAACUUUAACAGCUUAUAUGUAAUUUGCUAAACAUUGAGACCAUUAAUAUACUACUUAAUUUACGUAUUAUUGCUUUUCUCUCUAAAAGAAAAACCCCUCCCAAACCCUAACCCUACAACCCUCCCUCCCCCGCUGCUUUUCUUCUAGGCUCGUCGGAGGCUGGCUGGCCUCGUCUCCGGUGAGCCUAGGCAUCUCCCUCUACUCAUCGCCUCUCUUCUCUCGGUUUUUUCACUCAUCAGUGCCAUCGGUACUUACUUUUCCGGCUUCAGACCGUUUUGGUUUGUGUCGUCGCGGCGGUCAGGCCGCCGCAGUUGUUUGCUCGCGCGUCGGGUUUCCCUAGUUAGUCGUCGUUUCCCUAGUCCGUCGUCAUCCCUGUGUCUUUGAGCGAUUACCCCCUCCCCUGUUUGGUGAGUUCCCGUUCUUUUCUUCCCCUUUCGUGGUUGUUUCUUCUUCCUUUUGUGUCUCCCACCUUUCCUUUUUGGCUCGUCGGCGUAGUCAACCCCCCAGCUUCCCUGGUCAAGAGUCUCCCCUUCCCGGUCCCUCCUAUCAAGGUAGUUUAGUCUAAGUUUCCCCUUCCCCGUCCCCUGGUUCGGAUUAGGUGUAGUCGAGUGUCCCCUUCCCGUCCCCCCACUAGUAUUAGUUGGAGUUAGUUAGUUUAGCGUGCCUAGGAAGCGUACGGUAUAGGUUCUUUGACGGUGUGGUUUUUGCCGGCGUGACUCUUUGUGUCGGGUGGUAGUUUCUGUUUUCAUUAUUUUCAUCUUUGUUUAUUUUCGAUCUGUUGAUCGUCGGUCUUCUGCCUUUGGGAUUGUCAUUUUGGAUCUUAGCAUCUGUCAGUGGGGCGUAGUUUCGCCCCAAAUUCUCGUGAUGACCUCAUGUGUCAUCACACCUAAAAAACGCAUAUUGUGGGAGGCCCCCCAACUUGAUUUGGGGCACGUCAAGACCUCCACCUCGUUUUUCGGGUUUCAGUCUAAUGUGACGGAUUUUCGAAGACCCUCGCAGCAGGGUUCGAAGUCACGCUUGAACGUGGCUUCUUGGUUCGUCGAAUCAGGAGAAUCCCAGGAGGCUCAUCAAGGACCUUGGAAUUUCGUGCCUAGUGGACAUUGGGAUCUACUUGCAGUUGUACGACAAUCUCUUUAUGAAGAUCGACAGAGUUGUGUAUUUCAACAGAUUUCCUAUCAUCUCCUACUUCACUCCUCAUCGCUCAUGACAAACUUUAUUCGGACUGGACUGUUACUAGUUAGUGUUUAUGUUAAGUUGUUUGUACGAAUUAGUGUUGUUUUUCUUAGCGUUAGUUGUUUCUUGUUUUUGUUUCGUUUGGUAGUAUUACCAUUAGGUUGUACUCUAACUUUUCAUUAAUGCAAAUUUCCUUGUUGUCAAAAAAAAAAUAAAAAAAUUACGUAUUAUUUAAGGGAAAGAAAGGGUAAGGGCUAAGCACAAGGAUCUAGUUCAAUUAACGAUAGGAAAAUUGGCUAAAAGUAAUGGGGUGUUUGGCAAUUAGAGUCUUAGAGCAA